CGCUUCUAUCAGUAUUCAUAAAAGCGCCGGCCAGUGAACACAUAAUAUAAACAAACUCUGAUUAAUACGGAAAACACAAACAACAACAGAAGAUCAUCAAACUUGACCUUGACAAUGUUGUUUGAAAUUUUGCUAUUCGUAUUUUCGCUAUUUUCUCUAGCGUUUGUUUAUCGUUGGGGUAAAAAAGAUCAUGAUUUUUUCGUUAAACGUAAUAUACCUUAUGAAAAGCCGGCUUUUAUAUUCGGCGGAUCGCUCGACAUAAUUUUACGAAGAAAGACGGUGGUACAAGCGUUACUGGAAAUGCACAUGAAAUAUAAGGGCAUGGCAUAUGGAGCCUUCGACAAUCGCAGACCUGUCCUGAUGCUGCGAGAUCCCCAGCUAAUCAAACAAAUUAUGAUCAAGGAUUUUGAUCACUUUGUUAAUCGUUCCGAUAUGUUUGAGGGCGAUGAAAAUCUCUUCAGUAGCUCCUUGAUCACAAUGAAAGAUGAUACAUGGCGGGAGAUGAGAAAUACCCUAAGUCCAGCAUUUACGGGACGAAAAAUGCGUCAAAUGUUUGAAUUGAUGUUGGAAAAACAAAACGAGGCAAUGAUCUACUUGAAGGAUAAACAAGGCAAGGGAGAGGAUGGAUUUGCAUUGGAAGUAAAAGAUUUUACAACGCGCCUAACACAUGGCAUAAUUGCCAGCACUGCAUUUGGUCUGCAAGUCAACUCAUUUCGUGAUGAAGACAAUGAAUUCUAUCGGCGCGCAAAGAAGGCUGUUAAUUUUGACUCUCUGGGUCAGUUAAAGGCAUUUUUUACAAUUAUCUUUCCCAAAUUAGCCAAGUUACUUAAAAUCGAGUUAUUCGACAAGGAUUUCUCCGAUUAUUUUAUGCGUUUAGUAUUGGACACCAUGAAAUAUCGUGCUGAAAAUAAUAUACGUCGUGCCGACAUGAUUGAUCUGCUCAUGGAGGCCAAGGGUAUGAUACCCAAUGAAAAUUCCAUUAAGGCACAACAUCGUGAAUGGUCUGAUUUGCAAGUGGUGGCCCAAUGUUUUCUCUUUUUCUUUGCCGCAUUAGAACCCCUGUCGGGUGUUAUGAGUUUUGCUCUUCACGAGCUGAUGGAAUAUCCCGAUGUACAAGAAAAACUUUACGAAGAAGUGCAGGAGAAUAAUGAUCAGUUGGAGGGCAAACAAGUUACAUAUGACGUUCUGCAUAAAAUGCCCUACAUGGAUAUGGUAGUGUCGGAAGUUUUACGUAAAUGGCCGGUGGCAUUGGUGGCGGAUCGCACAUGCACCAAGGAUUAUGUCUAUGAGUCGCCGGUGACUAAAGAACGUUUGGAAAUCCGUAAAGGUGAUAUUGUGCGAGCUUCGAUGGUGGGGUUACAUCACGACCCGAAUAAUUUUCCAGAUCCUGAUACAUUAAAUCCGGAACGUUUCAGUGAGGAAAAUAAAUCACUAAUUGAAAAUGGAGCAUAUUUCCCAUUUGGUUUGGGUCCUCGCAACUGUAUUGGAAAUCGUUUUGCUUUGUUGGCCAUCAAGGCUUUUCUUUACAACAUCAUACGUGAUUAUCGUUUAGAGGUAUCGGAUAAAACCUGUCUACCGCUGGAAUUGGAUAAGAAAACAUUCCAACUCAGACCGGUUGGUGGAUUUUGGAUACAAUUUAAACCGAGACAUUGAUACGAGUUUGGAGAUAUUAUUGGAAUACAAUAAAGAGACUUAUAAUUAAAUAAAAUUAAACUAUCGUUAUCGAAACAUCUAU